AUGUCGGCCGUUCAGAAACAGGAGCUCUCGCUCUUUAGCGAUCAUUCAGUACUAACCAAGGCCCUGUUUCAGCAGAACGAGCAUCAUGUCAUUUACGUCACACACAAAUUGGGAACUUCUCCUUCGUGGCUGAUGAAUGCUUUGAUCGAAACUCAGGUUUUUGGGUCUCCGCUUAGUUUAAACGAGUCACACGCCAGCGCUGUGAAUCAUGCUAGCAGUCGAGUGCCCGUUCAACGCAGUGGAUUUAGUUCUAACGGCCGCAGAAAGGCAGCCACUAUCGCCUCAUGGAUUCAUGAUAGUGAGUUUUUCCAUACUGCUUUGGGAAAACUGAAGAUUGACCCUGCCAGCUACCAAAUACAGGAUUACCUCACAGACUUUGUCCUGAAAAAUCAUGGCAAACCAGCUAGCAGAGUUCUCAAAUCGUUGGUCGAGGAACUGACGUCCACACAAUCGCAAUCUGACUUACUUCUUUUGGAACAGCCUGAGCUACUUAUGCAUCUCCUCAACGUUAGCAGCGAUGAGCUCCAUCUAGACUUCAUUAACCCGCUGGCAAGAGCUGUGCCGCUCAUGGUGAUCGUGAGCUAUACCGAAUCCCACGAAAACCCAGGAGCAGAAGCUUUAGAACAUUUGGCUCAUGACCUGAUAGAACAGAUUCGCUUUCAGACCGGUUGCGUUUUCAAAAGCAUAGCUGUCUUGGGUAUCAAACCGCUGGCCACAGGUCGCGCCAAGGACGUCACGGGAACAUUGACAAUCACUAGAGGCGGAGCGGAGACUUCGCACCUUGCCAUCGACAUUGCUGAAAAUGAAUAUCUAUUUCAUACUCAAAAGGACACUACUAAGCUAUUUUAUCGUUGA